ACGUCCAGCAGCUCAGAGACGUUCCCACAAUGAGUGAAAGCUGCAUCACGACAGGACUGAGUCUAAUUAUACACCCACAGAGAGAGGGAGAGAUAGGAGGGGGUCACAAAGGGCGAGCGAGCUGAAGUUUGUGUGUGUGUGAGUCUCUCUCUCUCUCUCUCUCUGAGUGUGUGUAUGUGUUAGAGAGAGAGAGAGGGAGCCUGCUCACAACGGGUGACACAGGAAAAAUACAGAAGAUACAGCAAAAGAAUGACUAGGUGAGGACAAGGAAAAACACACAGUUUAGAGCAUCACACUGGAUAUCCCUGUCUGCUGCUGCUGCUGCUGCUUCCCAUGAUCACUCAGUGUGUUUCUCACCAUAAACAGACACCCAGAGAGGUGAGUGUGUGUUCAGGAGCUGGCGGUGUGUGACUUGAGCUGUGCGUGAUGCUGAUCAGAACUCAUCUCUCUCCAAGCCCUUUGCUCUCCCCAGCCCAUGUAACCUAGUGUGGCCUAGGAGGCCCGUGGGAUUGUCCCAUGAAUCCAAGCCCAGACCGCAGCAAGGAAUGUCUCCCCCCAAAAAAGAGGGAGUCCCGCCAGGGCUCUACGGAUCAGCCAGCCCCAGAGGAUGACUUCAAACCUCCUGCACCUUUCCGGAGCCGGAGGCCACAUCAGCCUACAGAGGGUCCCAGAGAGGGUGGGGAUCUGCUGCCACCUGUCCCGCUGCCGCUACCCUGGCCGGUGUCCUACACCCCCUCUAUACAUCCCCACACAUACCUGCCUCUACAGCUGGGGGAGCGGCGCGGGUCCUGGAGAGAGGCGCUGUGUGGACGGGGUGUGGAUGGAGGACUGGAGCAGAGCGUUCCUCAGCACUCUCGCUGGCUCAGCAGCGACAUCCCUCACAUUAACAUGCAGCCGCUCCUCUCCGUGCCCACAUUCAAGAGUGUCUACAGUGGGGAUUCCAGGGAAAUGUGGUCCUGUGGCCUCAGUCGGCCAGACUACAGCUCAUCUCUGUUCUCCCCCCAUGUCUUCCCACAGCCUGCCGUUUAUCCGCCCGACAGCCUCACCGACAGCAGACUCAGGUACCAGAGUAGGCGGCACAACGGCAUCGAUGGCCAAGAUUGCAAGUCUGGGUUCAGCAGAAGGGUGCCCUCCUGCAACGACUAUGGGAAUGACAGCGUCAGCAGGUUAGAUGCUCCACAUGCCAAUGGCAGAAGAAGACAGGAGAACACAAGCAGACAGACCCCUGAGAAGCGCCUUCCGCCACAAGUGAGUACAAGUGCACAUUCCUCACCGUGGGACAGGGACCCUCGGGGAACACCCAAAGCUUCAAUGCCCCCCUCACCUGACACAAAGGCAGGGAAGGCCAUCACUUCUCAGGACCAUUUUGGUGGUAGUGCCUCUCCAGCCGGAGCUCAGAUCUACUAUACUCUGGGGUCUCUUUGUCCUUCUGCUCAGCAGAACCCUCAAGUGUUCCCACAGCCGAGAUCUCCCCUGUCCUGCUCCGCAAGGAGCUCCCAGAACCAACACAACAGCCAUGGUUCAGAGACAGACUGGAGUUCUCCAGCAGGACCCUGCCGCCCUCCCCUUGCUGUGCUCAUGGGUCCAGACCCUCCACCUUCUGCAGUCCUACCUCAUUUUGCCAAAGGUUCCCUGAUUGAACUAGCUGGUGGCCAUCUGAAAAGGGUGGAGGAGCUGAAGACAGAAGACUUUUUGCGCAGUGCUGACACCUUGCCGGAGUUUCACCUGAGCUCCUGCACUAUUCUGUUGAUCUCACCAGGACCCACUUACGGAUUCAACCACUUGCAGGUCUUGCUCACAGACCGAAACACUCAGGAGCUUCUGACGGUGUUAUCGGAGUACCCGUUCUUCGUGCGGGACCGCGGCUGGUCGUCUUGCAGUCCCCAGCGGAGCGCGCAGCUGUACGGCCUGCAGUGUCGACAGCUCAGCACAGGAGACGUGUGUCUGGCCCUGACCCCUACACCCACACACAAACCCAACCUCGCCCCCAGCGAGAGCCGGGGCCCACCGGGGGGCAGCAGAGAGCCUCCAUCCGGCACUGAACUCCAGAACACACAUCGGCCCCGCAAGAGACGCUGGUCGGCCCCUGAGCUGGAGCCCGGAGCCCAGACACACACACACAGCCCUUUACCUCAGCACUCCCACACACACCACUGAUCUGACACUCUUCACCUGCUUUAGUUGUAGGAGUGCUCCCCAACCCUGUUCCUGGAGGCACACCAACGGUACAUUUUUUUAUAUGUCUCACUUAACUUCAGGUUUUGGAGUCUCUUCUAAUGUUCUGAUGAGCUG